AUGGCAACUCCAGAUCUGGAUCCCCUUCUGUUGCUGCGGCAGUCAAUCGCAUCCAACAGCCAGAUCAUUCCAACCGCGUCCGACGACGCUGCCGCUCCCGAGGUCGAGCUUUCCAAGGCCACACAUCUCACAUUCACCACACCGUCGCGCAUUUCCUUACCGAUCACCACACCCACGCGAUUCGUCGCCAACGACACUCCUGUGGAUCUACGAAGCAUUUACUUUCUGUGGCUGAAGCGCGAAGUCCCCAUCCCAGAGUACAAUGCUGCCGUUUCGCAAUUGGAUGAUGAGCUGGUCGACGGCAAGGUCCACAAGCCCGCAUACUUUGAGCGAGUCGAGUUGAUUGCUUGGUUGGAGGGUUCAAGCGAAGAGAGCGAAUACAUCAAACCUCUGGUUGGUGACAAGGACGGCGCAGCUUCCAAUGCCGCGGCGGCCCUCGCCUCCAAGGGGGCAGCAGCCCCAGCCAUUGGUGGUACGGUAGGCAAGUCCGGCAAGGGCUCGCUAGAUCCUCGACUGGCCGUCAUUUACAACAGUGAGCGUAAGAUGGGCGACAGAAAUAGUUGUUUGCGCGGAGUCAAGCCUACGGAUUUUUCUCAUGUCCGAAAAUUAGCAGCCCCUUUCAUGUCAAAGAAGCCCUCGCAGUCUGCCACUCAGGCUGCCGCGAACCCGGCGCUCACACACAACCAGAAGCAACGACGGCCCGAUCCCAUUAUCCUGCUCUCGCCCUCGGCAUCCUCACUUUUGCGCAUGACAAAUGCCAAGUUCUUUCUGGAGGGUGGAAAGUUUGUACCAGCGGACUCGCCAUUGGCAUCUGCUGAAGGCUCUACUAUGCUCCAUAUCAACCGCACACUGCCAGGUAUCGAUCCGAAUAGGCCGUUCCGAUUUAUCCUCGUCGAAAGUCCAGAGAGAUUCAAGCCAGAGUAUUGGAAUCGUGUAGUGGCCGUAUUUACCACUGGCCAAGCAUGGCAGUUCAAGAGUUAUCAGUGGAGCAACCCGAACGAGCUGUUCAAGCGCAUUCCUGGUAUCUAUGUUGGAUGGCGCGCUGACAAACUGCCGGAGAAUGUGCAGGCCUGGGGCCACAGAGUCACUGCGGUUGGUGUAGAAAGAUGGAAGGAUGUGGCGCCGUCUUCCGUAGACGCAAGCCGCUGGAGGGACCGAGAGGUGGUGGAGCAGAUUUGGAGAGUCAUUGAGAGCAACAUGCGCAGCAAAGGUUGGUCUCGAGAACGCGCUCCUACUUCGAUAUGA